GCCGCGUUCCCUUCGUACUCUCUAAAGAGUCGACACUGUCAAGCGCAGACCCAUGUUCCCUCCGUCGCGCAUUCGCGAGCCAUCGGUUGAACGCCAGUCGUUGACGAGAGCUCCGCUGGCCCAGCAGGAUGGUUCUUCCACGGCGUCCACACCGGUGCAGGGAAACCCGUAUCCUUCCGAACGGUCCCCACGGACUUCCCCUGCAAGCUACGGAGCAACGUCGUCUAUGGAAGAUUCUUUGGCUACAAGUCUUCGCACUGGCUCACUAUUGGACACUCUGGACGACUCUAGCAGAGUUUCCGGUCAUGCUCCUCCCAGAAAUCAUGUUGAGGAGCCUACACAUGAAGAAGACGAAGACAAUGGGGAUGAAGAUUCCGAGGCAGACGAAAAUCGUCAAGAGCUUUCGGUUGCGCUUUUAACACGUCGAAUUCGUUGCUUGUUUGGCAUACUAACGGGACCCAUUGCUCCUCUCGGAGGCAUGGUUGUAGCAACCCUGUUUUGGCUCCUGAUCGCUUCCCUCCAAACCUGGGAUGUGGUGUGCUCUCAUCCGCUCAAGGGAUACGCUCUCAUCAGCGCUGUGCUCCUCGCCUACACGCCCCUACAUUAUCGGUGGCGGAGCUUGCUAAUGACCGCAGCCAGGCGGAACGAGAAUGAUGCGCAAGCACAAGCACCGCUCGACCGUCCUCGUGCCGUCCGACACAUGGAUCAGUGCUUUCAUACCGUUGCACUACUUUACGUAUAUGCAGGUAUUACGCUCGUGCAGACCUGUCGACAAGAUAUGGACGGGGAGAUGGAUCUUUUGUUGUCCGUCACGGAUACUGUCGAGGAAGGGGUGAACUCCUCCCAAACAGUCGGCGCGCCAGUGGAUCAUGUGAACACGUGCGCCGCAACCUGUCCCAAUGUAUACCAGGCUCUCGUCAUUUACGUGGCGAGUCUGGAACUUUUCACGUUAAGCUUGAUUCUACCACUCCUAUGCCUGCCCUUUAUUUAUUUGUGGUUUUUACGCCGAGCCACUAACGAGGCGAGUUUGUGGACCGAUGUGUUACGUAACCAAUUGCGGGAUGAUGAUCUGGUGCGGAGGAAUGGCAACGUAUUGGCUUCGACAAUAUUGGAACGCUUGGAAGCCGUGCAUUUGGUCGAGGACGACGGGAGUACGGAGGAAUCGCUGCGCGUAUGGGUUGUACCAGUCAAAGCGCAAACAACCGAACGACGGGACGCGAAGGAUGUCAAGGAAUGUUGCAUUUGUAUGGAAGAUUUUGCGAUACAACCGCCAAUGGAUGUAGAAUCCGGAAUUUUACAGAGUUUAGUCGACAACGGUAGUGACGAAGACAUCGUACAAACUCGGGUGUGCGGACAUUUGUACCAUCGUCGGUGUAUUUCUAGCUGGGUGGGGGGACAGUGGACUCCUGAGACAGUAUCGGUCGGCGACGAACGAAAAGCGCGAAGGACAACAUGCCCUUUAUGUCGAGCCGAUUUGAGACCGCCACCGGACAAUUAUUCGGCAUGA